AUGCACGCCUCGUUUGCGGUGCCAAAGACUGCCGAGAGCGAGCCCGAGUUGUUUUUAAUGCUGGAAAUCAUGGACGAGAUCUUUACAGAGGCACACAGCUGGUGCUUCGACGGUCCCGACUGCAUGCUGACCUGGCCACGGCAGCUAGCGCUGAGCCGCUUCCACACUGCUGCUGCCCCAGGGCAGAAACUACGCGCGUUCGACCCCAAGAAGGAGCCUAAUACGCUUAAGACCAACUUUGGCUACUGGAAGCAGUUUUUGACUUAUUGCUACCAGGUGGCCUACCGCGGCAGCCACUUCACCACGGCAGACGACGACCAGCGGACCCCUGAAAGCAGCAUCCAGCUCACGGGUGCCCAGGAAAAGGCGUGGGAAGCGGCCUUCCAAAGUGCUGUCGAGCAGGACCGGCCUGCGCUAAGAGAUGCUAUAUCCGUCCUCUUAAUGGCGCUGAUCUGCCACGAAUUUGGAGGCAAUCGGUACAGCUCCCCACUGCUUAGCUUCUGUGCCAUGCUCAGCGUCAAGCCGUAUACCAAGACGUGGAAAGAGCCGGGCAACUACAACAGCUGCUUGUCUGGCGGAGCUAGGUGA